UACGGAAGUGGUUUAGUCCGCCCACAUGGUUCCUGACCGAGUGUUGAGGAGUUUCGUUGCUAAAUUAAUUUCUUCAACUUUCGGUUUUAAUUCUUAAAAUUUCGUCGAUAUAAAUAACUGAGAAGGUUAAGGACAGCAAUAUGGUAACCACAGGAGCUCGCCCUUCUUUCAAGAAUGAAAAAUCUAAGCUACAUUUCCGAAUGAUAAAUGAGCAACAAGUGGAUGAUAUCUGCAUCCACUUCUUCUACAAACCACACACCAUCAGCCUUCUGACAGUUACCUUGCUCAGUCUGAUGUACUUUGUCUUCACCAGGGACGAUAAAAAUCAAGACAACAACAUCCGUGUUGGUGUGUUGGUGGUUGUUUGUUUCUUCAUGGUCGUCAGCGUACUGGCUUUUCCAAAUGGACCCUUUAUAAGACCUCACCCUGCAAUAUGGAGAAUGGUGUUUGGUGAGUCGAAUAUUUUCUUCAGAUACAAAUCAUUUUUAAUUCUUGAUUCUCACCAGAUUCUCUUGUCUUUGACAGGUCUCAGUGUGCUCUACUUCCUGUUUCUUGUCUUUCUCCUCUUCCUCAAUUGGAAACAAGUGAAGACUCUGAUGUAUUGGCUGGAUCCAAAUCUGCGCUUUGCCAAACGGGAAGUUGACACAAUGGUAUAUGCUACAAACUGUUCUGACAUAACAUGGAAUCGCAUCAUGAGCCAAGUGGACAUCUUUGCAUUCGCCCACUUCGCAGGAUGGGCCAUGAAGGCUCUGCUGAUACGCAGCUACUUCCUCUGCUGGACAAUCAGCAUCACCUGGGAACUCACUGAGCUCUUCUUCAUGCACCUUCUGCCAAACUUUGCAGAGUGCUGGUGGGACCAGUUGAUUCUGGACAUCUUGUUGUGUAACGGAGGAGGAAUCUGGCUGGGGAUGACAGCCUGUCAUUCCCUGGAAAUGAGGAGCUAUCGCUGGGCCAGCAUCAAAAAAAUCCACUCGACCACGGGGAAGUUAAAGCGAGCCGUGCUUCAGUUUACACCGGCCAGCUGGACCUUUGUGCGCUGGUUUGAUCCAAAUUCCUCCUUCCAGAGACUGGCAGGAAUCUACCUCUUUAUGAUCUUAUGGCAGCUGACAGAGUUGAACGCGUUUUUCCUGAAGCACAUCUUCGUCUUCCCGGUCUCUCACCCUUUCAGCUGGUGUCGCAUCGUGCUAAUUGCAGUUAUCACUGCGCCCACAGUGCGGCAGUAUUACGCAUACCUGACAGACACUCAGUGUAUGCGGGUUGGUACGCAGUGCUGGGUGUUUGGGGCCAUUGCAUUCCUGGAAGCUCUCGUUUGUGUGAAGUUUGGUAUUGAUUUGUUUUCCCAGACUGAAAUUUGGUAUGUGGCUCUCUGGUUUCUUUGCAUGGCACUCAUCACACUCCUGUGUCUGUAUGGCAUGGUUUGGUUUGAACAAAAUAAGCAACAGAGCACAUUUUUAAAAGAUGAGGACAGAGAUGUUUCUAACUCGUGUUCCUCGAGCCUUGAUGGAAGCUCAGACCAGAUCGAUUCAUUGGGACUUUCAGAGCUAAUAAGACAGAGGAAGGGUCUUGCUAGUAACAGAGUUGUGAGCAGCGAAGAGGAAAAGGAACAAUGAACAACGAGCAUUAAAAUAUGGAUUUUUUUUUUUUUUUUGGAUGCCAAAUUGAAUUGAUAUUUACUCUUGUAUCACUGGUUUUAUAAGUCGCUGAAAACCAAAAAACUGGUAAACAUGCCAGUUAAAAAUUCUAAUGUUUGAGAGCCAGAAACAAAAUGUUUGUGGAUUAUAGUUUUGAAUGUUAAAAUAUGAACAAAAAAAACAGGCUCCACUGGACUGUUCUACCAUCAGCACGCUGUUUCACAGCAGCAUGCGUCUUAAAUUAACAUUUUGUAAGAUAUUAAAAUUAGUCAAGUAGAUUCUAACAAAAUAUUUUUUUUUCUUUGCCAAACUGAAUUUUGCCCUUGUAUUUGAGACAGUUGACCAGGUUUUUAAGCAAUUUUUUUUCAAUGGAAGCUGCACUUUUAAGUUUUUGUUUACUCACUACAGGUCAGACUAAGCUACUUUUACUAAAGCCAAUAAGCUCAGUGUGUUUUAUUGUGACUGACGUUGUACAAUUUGUCAAAAUGUGGUAUCUUUGACAUCUAGAAGAGCAGCAGAAGGUAAUGGCUUGAAUGGAAAAAUGUAUGUUGUUUAUAACAAAAGGUAGGACUUGAGUUGUUCACAUUGUUAGUUUUUCAUGUUGUAAAAUGCAUUUACUGCACAAAAUGUCCAAAGCACUGACAUACUUGAGCCCCUUAAACACUUAUGUCUUCUUACAGUGAAAUAACACUUUAUGUAGUAAAAAUUGUAUUGACAGAUGCUUUGUAAACAUGAUGCACCAUGAGGUGAUGUGAAUGUUUAUAUCCUGCUUUUUCUACAGUUUAAUGAUCACGUGGAAUAAAUUUCUGUUUUUGAGAAUCAUGAAAAUGUGAA